AUGUUGAUGCAGACUGUUCUCAUCUUUGGAAGCUUAUUAUCAGCUGUGAGAGGCAUCUCCCUCCAAACUGGCAGGCUUAACAUUUCUCAGACUCUGCAGGGCUGGAGCUGUAGCAGUGCUUGUUCACCCUCUCAACACUGUCGACUGCCUCGUUGUACAAACGUUGUAUUUCCCAAAACAUUCAGUGGAUCCGGAACGGUUAACAUCUAUGUGACGGUGAGCCAUGGUGAGAAGUUUUCACGUGUCCAUUCACCCUCGGCUAUGUGGGUUCAGUCCGUCACUACACGUGACUUUGAUGUGUGUGCACGUGAGUCAGGUAUUGGAUCAAAUGGUACAGGAAUCAUCAACUGGUUGGCUUUCCAAGAUUAUCCACAAAUGACGCGUGGUAGUGUUUCGUUUAGUGGAAUAUGGACAACGGAAACUAAGUGUGAAAAAGUUACCUUCUCACAGAAUUUUCCCGGAAGACCAUCUGUGUUUGCGUCAGCUAGGUACACACGUGACACAAAGCCGAAUGACGCUAUGUAUGUUUGGUUGGAAAAUGUAAAUUCUAAAAGUUUCGAGGUGUGCAUCCGGGAGUUCCUGCCCUUCGAUGGAAAACAUCAAGACACUAUCGUGGACUGGUUUGCAUUUGUUGCCAAUGGCUCUGAAUCUAAUUUUACGCUGUCAGGAGAAGCAGAUUUUCCAAACAGCAACCUGCCAACAGCUGAGGACAAUUAUGGUUUCUGUCAACAAGUGCAGUUUAACACAACCUUUUAUGCUUCACCUGUUGUCCUUGUGUCCGUGCAUCAUCUGUACAACCCUCAAGUCAGCAUGAAAAGCCUCGUCUCACCGAACAAUAACAUCAUAUCAGCCUGGGUUGAGGAAGUUAGCCUUACAUCCAUGAGGAUUUGCGUCAGAGACUUGAGUGGAACAGGAAGCAAACACGAUCCUCUGUCGGUUAACUACGUCGUAAUUGGAGACCUCAAUCCCUGUCUAGACGUGUUCUGCCCGUCAUUCGGAGUCUGCAAAACCUACAGUGCCCAUGAAGCUCGCUGUGUGUGUAAUGAAAACUGCCCGUCGUACCAAGAUCCUGUCUGCACGGAAAAUGGAACAUCAUAUGACAAUGAAUGCUUGUACAAAUUGAGCUUCUGCAAGGGAAUAGACAAUAAUACCUUGUAUCAUCCUGGCAGCUGUGAGGGCUUUCCAAUCGUUCAUGGUCGUAUCAAGCUUCUUCGAAUUCCCAAUUGGUCAGACUCAAGUUGCCAGACAGUGGUAUUCCCACCGUACCGCUUCUAUCCGAACAAAAAGGUUCAAGUACAGAUCACCCUUAAUCAUAUGAACUUGGAUGACUCCGUCACAGUGCACCAUGCUAUCACAUCCUGGACCGAAAGAAUCAAUACACAAAAUUUUACAGUAUGCGCAAUGCAAUCUGGGAGAAAUGGAGACAACUUCAAUCCAUUCGCCACUGUUGAUUGGAUGGCGUACCAAGGAGCACCACCGGAGGGAACGACGGGAACAAUCAAGAUGACAAAAUGGUGGUCAGGAACAAAUUGUGCAAAUGUGACGUUUCCAAAAGACAAGUUUAAGGAUUCACCAGUUGUUCUUGUGACGUCCAAUCACCAUAGAAGUGGGAAGGAACAUGACACUGCUUUGAUUUGGACAGAGGAUAUAACCGAGAACUCGUUCAAGGCUUGUUUGCGGGAACUGCAAAACUUUGAUGGGAAACAUCAAGAUAUUUAUGUGAACUGGUUAGCGUUUGCCAACUUGCAUAAGCCGCUCUUCACUGAACACGGCUCUGUAAACUUUCCAAACACGAAUCCACCAACAGAUGAAGACAACAAUGCUUACUGCGAGUUUGUGCACUUUACACGAAGUUAUAAUGCGACACCAUCCGUCCAGAUAUCAGCGAAUCACAGCACGACAGCAAGUGGAAACUUGGCACCAGUUCAUAACGGUAUUUCAACAUGGAUUGAGAAUAUGAAUGAAUCUGGAUUCAGAGUUUGUGUCAAGGAAUUGUACGUGACUAGAUAUGAUCCUCUGUCAGUGGGUUAUGCGGUCCUUAAAGACAUUUGCGAUCCCGGAUGGAGCUACUUCGAUGGCUUCUGUUACUUCACGAGUGAUACCUGUGCAAAUUGGACCACAGCAGUAAAAAAAUGUAGACAAGAAAACUCAGUCCUUGCUGACGUCAACAACAAUGAAGAAAAUGUUUACAUACAACAUCGCCAUAAUGGAGAGAAAUCCUGGCUGGGUUUAAAUGACAGAACAACAGAGGGUGACUUUACUUGGGUGGAUCAUGGACAUGGAAACUUUACAGCCUGGACCAAGAAUCAGCCAAAUAAUUUCAAAGAAGAAGAUUGUGUGCACGCUCUUGGUGUGGAACACAACUACGAAUGGAACGACGUGCAUUGUAGUGAGUGUCAUCAGUUUACUUGUAGGAAAGACUUAGAUGAAUGCCAAAAUGAUCUGAAUUACUGUCACAAACUGGCAACGUGUACAAAUGAACGUGGCUCGUACACGUGCAAGUGUAAAGCUGGAUACAUUGGAGAUGGAUUUGGUUGUUAUCACAUCUAUGCAGGCCUGGGGUAUUCAGCAAUAUUAGCAAACGAUGGCGGUUACCUUAGAACCCUGAGCAAUUGGUUAAGCCCUGUUGUACAGAGCCAGUCCUCAUACUGGAAGCGCUGCUGGCGAGCAUCAGUGGAUGGUUGGGCCAGUACUACCUUCCACUCAUUGUGCGACAGCAAAGGGCCCACAGUGACUAUAAUCCGUGUGGGAAAAUACAUCUUUGGUGGAUACACCGGCACAUCAUGGACUUCUAGUUGUAAAUACCAGUACACUUCGAGCGCAUUUUUGUUCUCAUUGGUUAACAAGCCUGGCUGGGGACCAGUGAAACUAACCCAACAAGGCAACUAUGCCUAUCAUAGGAAAUAUUCCAUAUACGGUUGUCACGACUGUGGUCCCGCAUUUGGUGGAGGACACGAUAUCUACAUUGCCAGCUACGCAUCAUCCAACAAAUAUUCUUACUCAAACCUUGGACACACCUAUAGUCCACCAUCUGGCCACAGUUAUACCAGCUCCUUCAUCCAAUCAUUCCUGGCAGGAAGUUACAAUUUUCAACCUGAUGAAGUUGAAGUGUUUUAUGAAAGUACUUAACAUAAAUCUGUUGAAUCAAGUGUCAUAAAAAAAUCCACAGGUUUUAGAAAACUCAAAGACGUCAGUUCAGUAAACUAAAAUGACGUAUGAUUUGCAUGUUUCCUUUGUAGAAUCCUAAUCACUUUUUGAAGGCAUGUCACGUAAUAAUGUAGAUUUAGAAUAAACAGCAUGAAAAGUUAUACAAGUAAUAAAAGAGUUGAAAAAA